GCGGCACUACAGAGCAGGCUUGACAAGCUGAAGCAGGAGUACACCGAGAGCAUUGGCGAGAUGAAACGUCUCAACAAGGAGGAAGAAGAGCAGCAGCGAAAGAUGGCAGACUUCACGGUCCGUACUGCAGCCCCGGCACCCUUGCCGGACGAGCUGCUGGAAGCCCUCAAGCAUGCAGGAGUGAGCGAAGAGCACGUGCAAGCGACGAGGGCUCACCUCGCCAAAGCACCAAAGCCUGAGGCUGCAAACCCUUCCCAGCUUGGACUAACGGCCCCAGACUCCCAGGCAGAAAGGGAGACCAAGAGCGGCAAAGGCGACAGGCGAAGUGAGGAGAGGAGCCGCUCGCCGCCCAAAGACACACCCACCGAGUAG